UACUGGUUCAUAUGUACCAAUUAUUAGUUCGUAAAUAUGAAAGGGGUACUAUUGCUUAUACUAACCAUAUUUAGCGGCGUUCUUGCACGCGAAGGAUAUGGUCCUUACGAUCAGGAGUGGGGGUAUGUGACCGUGAGAGAACAAGCCCAUAUAUUUUGGUGGCUUUACUUCACUAAUGCUACACAAAACCCUUAUGACAGACCCUUGGCUAUCUGGCUUCAAGGCGGCCCCGGAGCUUCAUCAGUCGGAUAUGGAAAUUUCGAAGAAAUCGGACCUCUGGAUCAAAGUCUGAAUCCCAGAAAUUACAGUUGGGUCAAGGACUUGAAUUUAAUGUUCGUUGACAACCCAGUUGGCACCGGUUUUAGUUAUGUUGAUGAUAUACAAGCCUUGGCUACCACCAACAAUCAAAUAGCACUUGACUUCGUCGAAUUGCUAAAGGGAUUUUAUAAGGCUCUUCCCCAAUUUGAGCCAGUACCCCUGUACAUAUUUUGCGAAUCAUACGGAGGAAAAAUGACUGCGGAAAUAGCGUUAGAGCUGAACAAGGCAAUUAAGCGUGGCGAAAUUAAGUCUAAUCUGACUGGAAUAGCCCUCGGUGAUUCUUGGGUCGACCCUUACAGUAGUGUCGAAAGUUGGUCUGAAUAUUUAUUUAACGUGGGUGCCAUUGAUUCCAAUGGAGUCGAAGCCCUACAGCAAACGACGAGAAAAUUGAAAGUUGCAAUUGAUGAGGAACGAUGGGUAGAUGCGACAGACAUUUGGGGCAUCGCUGAAGAUGACAUAUACGAUUAUACAGACGGAAUAGACUUUUACAAUAUACUCACGGAAAUCGAUGACUACUAUUUACAAGAUCUGAAGAAGCAAAACUCUCUUAAGAGAAUCGCCAAACGAGAACUACGAGAAGUCGUCCCUCUUAGUAUUAUAAUGAACGAUGUUAAAAAAGCAUUAAAUCUCACAUCGACUUGGGGCCAGUAUGCGGGUUGGGUGUUCGAUUUCUUAACCGAAGAUUUCAUGAAACCCGUAAACGAUGUGGUUGAAAGGCUCCUAAAUGAAACCAGCAUCUCUGUGAACGUCCUUAGCGGUCAAUUGGAUUUGAUCGUCGCUACUCCAGGUACCGUUAAAUGGGUCGAAAAUCUAAGGUGGAAAAAUGCCAGUGAAUAUUUGAAAGCACCGAGGCGGGGAUUUUCGGUAAACGGCAUUUACGAGGGAUAUGAAAAAUCCUAUGGAACGCUUACCUUUUACUGGGUAUUACGAGCAGGUCACAUGGUGCCUGCGGAUAAUCCCAAAGGAAUGGAAUACAUAUUGAAAAAAGUAACCAACAAUUACUCUGUUUAAAUGUUAUUUUAAUAAAUACAUUACACAGG